AUGGCUCAAUACGGCUAUAAAGCCACGACCUUCCCAUUUGUGCAAAGAACUCUCCCUCCUUUAAAGCCCCUCACUUCCUUCCCCUCUUUCCAUUUAAAAAACCCAACCCACUCACUCCGACUCCUCCUCUCUCUCUCUCUCUCUCUUUCUCUCUCUCUCUCUGAACCCAUGACGGAGCAGUGGCGACCCGACCCGGCCCACUCGUCCCUCUUCCGUCCUCCGGAGACCCCCCGCGAGCCCAUGGAGUUCCUCUCCCGCUCCUGGAGCGUCUCCGCUCUCGAAGUCUCCAAAGCCGUGGCCCCUCCUCCCCAUGGCCCAUCACUCUCCAAGCUCAACCUCAACUCCGACACCACCCCUAUCCCCGAGGACUUUGCCGGCGAGCUGGACGCCGCCGUCUCCGGCAACCCAUUUUCCUUCGCUUCCUCCGAGACUUCCCAGCUCGUCAUGGAGCGUAUCAUGUCACAGUCGGAGGCCGUGUCUCCUAGAACUUCAGGCAGGCUCUCUCACAGCAGUGGCCCUCUUACCGACAGCCCGCCGGUCUCUCCUUCCGAUAACGAUGACAUCAAGUAUUGUCGCUCUAGCAACCACCACCUCAACAACCAAUACCGAGGUGGCGCCAACGGCGGAGUUACGGUGGCUGCUGGGGGAAAGACGGUGGGGAGGUGGCUGAAGGACAGGAGGGAGAAGAAGAAAGAGGAGGCGAGGGCUCAUAAUGCACAGCUCCAUGCUGCUGUGUCUGUUGCCGGUGUGGCUUCUGCCAUUGCCGCCAUUGCUGCGGCCACGGCCGCUACUUCCGUGUCUGGAAAAGACGAGCAGAUGGCUAAAACCGACAUGGCAGUGGCCUCUGCUGCGACGCUGGUGGCUGCUCAAUGUGUGGAGGCGGCUGAGGCCAUGGGUGCUGAAAGGGAGCACCUUCACUCGGUUGUUAGCUCCGCCGUGAAUGUCAGGUCUGCCGGGGAUAUCAUGACGCUUACCGCCGCUGCUGCAACAGCGUUGCGUGGGGCAGCAACAUUGAAGGCCAGGGCGCUGAAGGAAGUCUGGAACAUUGCGGCGGUUAUUCCCGUCGAAAAAGGGGUCGUUGUAGGUGGAAAUGGGGGCAGUAAUGGUGAUUCUAACAGUAGCUUCAGUGGUGAACUGGUUCCAGAAGAGAAUUUCUUGGGCAUUUGCAGUAGAGAAUUACUAGCUAAAGGUUGUGAGCUCCUGAAGCGCACCCGCAAAGGAGAUCUUCAUUGGAAAAUUGUUUCUGUUUAUAUCAACAGGAGCAGUCAGGUUAUGCUGAAGAUGAAGAGCAGGCAUGUUCAUGGGACCAUCACCAAAAAGAAAAAGAAUGUGGUGCUGGAGGUGAUAAGAGAUAUGCCUGCCUGGCCUGGUCGCCACCUUCUCGAGGGCGGGGAGCACCGGCGUUACUUUGGUCUGAAGACAGUUAUGCGUGGGGUGGUGGAGUUUGAGUGCCGGAGCCAAAGGGAGUACGAUAUUUGGACUCAGGGCGUCUCCAGGCUGAUCUCCAUUGCUGCAGAAAAGAGGAACAGUAGGCAUAGAAUUUGAUAGUAGUAGUAGUAGUAGUCUUGUGUUGAAUGUUUUUGGUAUUAUGGUGGUGCUUAUUAUUGUAAAAAGGGUUAAAUGAAAGGUAUAAGCUAUCCAAAUUGGCCUUGUUUAGUAUUGUGGAUGGAGUAUAUAUAUUUUGGACUCCUCUUUGGUUUUUUGUAGUGGUAAAGAAAGUGAUUGGAAAAUGAGAUUGAGAGGUAGCAGCACCAUGUGAUUCAAGUCCUUAUUUUAAGACACUGUUGAGGAAAGAAAAGGAGGAUCUUGGACUGAAGGCGGUCAAAAAUAGAAUGGAAAAGAAUCUCAGUUUGAGUAAAGAACAAGAUCGUAGAUAAAGACAUUGUCCUCAUU